AUGACCGUGGUGAACAAAUACGUCGUGUCUGGUAGUUACUGGAAUCUUAACUUCCUGUAUCUUGCGAUUCAGUCCACUGUCUGCGUAGCAGCAAUCAUGGCCUGCAAGAGUGUCGGCUUGAUCACCAACUUGGCUGCAUUUGACUCAACUAGAGCCAAACGAUGGUUUCCUAUUUCUGUCUUGCUCGUUGGAUACAUAUAUACUGGUGCCAAGGCCCUUCAAUUCCUCUCGGUUCCGGUGUACACCAUCUUCAAGAACUUGUCUAUUAUUGUCACUGCAUAUGGAGAAGUCCUUUGGUUCGGCGGCAGAGUCACCCCUAUGAUCCUCCUCUCAUUUGGAAUCAUGGUUCUCAGCUCCAUCGUCGCUGCUUGGGCUGACAUCCAAGCCGCUGUCAACGGACAACACUCGCAAGAGUCAUCCGAGGCUAUCUCGACUCUUAAUGCGGGAUACAUGUGGAUGGGAUUGAACGUGUUUUGUUCUGCCUUUUUUCUUCUCAGCAUGCGUAAGGUCAUCAAGACGAUGAACUUUAAGGAUUGGGAUACUAUGUUCUACAACAACCUCCUAUCAAUCCCGGUCCUUAUCGCUGGGUCUUUGCUUCUUGAGGAUUGGUCGGGCGAGAACUUGGCCAGAAACUUCCCUGAAGAUACGCGUAAUAGCCUCAUCAUCGGCAUGAUUUACUCAGGUCUGGGCGCUAUCUUCAUCUCGUACUGUUCUGCAUGGUGUCUCAGAGUCACCUCGUCGACGACCUAUUCGAUGGUGGGCGCGUUGAACAAACUCCCUAUGGCUGUCAGCGGCCUCAUCUUCUUCGACGCCCCGAUUACCUUUGGCAGUGUUUCUGCUAUCAUUAUCGGUUUCAUCAGUGGUCUCGUUUACGCCUGGGCAAAGAUUCGUCAAACAGAAAAGGCCAAGAUGUCUCUUCCGACGACUAACCAGCCGAAAUGA